AUAAUUUUAAUCUGGCAACAAAACUUGUUUUCGCGAGAAAACUUGUGAUAGCAUCGUGAAUAUUAUUUUGAUUGUGGCAUGAAAGUGUAUAAAAACAAUAAAUUUGUGAAUUAUUUAUUGUGUAUCGUAUUUUUUUAGUGAUUUGUAGAAAAACCAUCGUCCUCGUGGAGCUGUUAAGGAAACUGCUUGCCAUGGCGGGCCCGUCCGACGGCGAUCCCGACGGAUGGGUCGAGUUCUGCGAGCGUCAGGCCAAAAACACCGCUCAGGACUUCGCCAAGGCUUGCUUACAGUAUAUACAGACCGGGAAUGAAGCGUCGGCGCGACCACCGGCUACCCACAAGGAGUUAUUAAAAAAAUUCGUUGAUUGUUUUACCGAACAGUUCGAAAUUGAAAUCGGAAAAUUGAAAGCUCUUCACAAACUGCCGAACGGGACGCACACCGGCCACGAUGAGAGUGACUAUUCGGAAGACACAGAUUCUCCGAAAACGCAGCACAAGCCAUUCUUCAGAAGACUGUCAUUUAAGGGUUUGAGACGAGGCAAAGGUUUGUUCCACAAGCAAAACUCAGAUGAAGUGGAACUAAACAAGCACAAAACUAAGCUUGCUAAAAUAGUGGUAGAAUGUAGGAAAGAAGGCUUGGUCAAUUAUUUAACUCCUGAGAGUUUGGAACAGCCAAGUGGCCCUCAGAAAUGGGAGAAAUGUAGGUUAGCACUAGUAAAGACAGUGGGCGGAUAUAUGUUGGAGUUUUAUUCGCCUCCUAAGUCCCAAAAGCCUCGCAGCGGCGUGUUUUGUUUUUUAAUAUCGGAGGCGCGAGAGACCACGGCAUUAGAGAUGCCAGACCAUGAGAAUACUUUUGUGUUGAAGGCCGACAACAACAUGGAAUACGUGAUAGAAGCAGGCGAUGUGGACGACAUGAAGUCCUGGCUUGCGACCAUCAAGUACUGCAUGCGGUCGCCACCCACGACUCAGCCGCCGCCCGACGCGCUGCCUGGUGGGUUGGACCCGGCGCCUCCGGACCUGCCGCCGCGCCGCGACCUGCCCACCAGCACGAGCAACCUGGACCUGGCUACUGACACUCCUGAAGAGGCUGAGCUAGGUUCGAUAGCGGAGGAGGGGUGCGAGGUGCGGGAGGGUCGGGAGACGCGCGGGGCGCGCGAGGGUCGGGAGGCGCGCGUGUCGCUGGCGGAGUGGCCGUGGUUCCACGGCACGCUGGCGCGCGCCACGGCGGCGGGCUGCGUGCUGGCGGGCGGCGCGGCGGCGCACGGCUGCUACCUCGUGCGCCAGAGCGAGACCAGGCGCGGCGAGUACGUGCUCACCUUCAACUUCCAGGGCCGCGCGAAGCACCUGCGCAUGACGCUGAGCGAGACGGGGCAGUGCCGCGUGCAGCACCUGUGGUUCCCGAACGUGCACGACAUGCUGGAGCACUUCCGCGCGCACCCCAUCCCGCUGGAGUCGGGCGGCGCCGCCGACGUCACGCUCACGGAGUACGUGGUGGCGCACCACGCCAACCCGCGACAACAACAGCUGGGCGUGACGCACGGCAGCGACGUGCGCAUGCGCCGCGCCGAGCUCGAGGCGCUGCUGCACGCCAGCGGCGCGCACGACCCCGUCCGCGCCGUCGACAACCAGUACAGCUUCGUCUAACGAACCCUCGCCUGUGGAGGCCGCCGCGACAAACUGCUCGCCGCGAUACGCUCGCUAUGCUACUCACGUUUCGUCGAAGAUAAUGUCGCUGUUGUGUAAUCUAUGGAUAGAUAUUAAUUACCAAUUCAGAACGUCUAUUCACGUUACGUCACGGCCUAGUGUUGACCUUUCCCACAUCUUGACGUAAUAAAACGUCCGUCAACAAACUGCAUUGUGACGUUCACGGGACGCGGAUUAGAUUAGAUCUUUAUCCAAUGAAGGCUUGAACGUUGACAAUUCAAAUUAUAGACAUGUGUUUUAGCGAAAUGUCCUCCACAGAGGCAUGUUAGAAAUCUGUACGUCGAAUACAAUUUGGUAUACGACAUUCUGAGUCGGUUACCGAUAUUGCGUCAAUCUGUACUGACAUCAAUGUAAAAAUACUUGUCAAAUGUAUGCACGUUAAUUAGUGUAAGACAUUUUCACAUAGGUAUGUGUUGGUAUUUCUAAUGUGAGUUUCCUUGAAAUAAGCAUGUUUAAAUGGGCACUAACUUUAUAAAACCAUAUAUUUAACUCAACAGAUGUUGGUCACAUUGGUAUAGUUUAGGUUUUCUAUUCAAUCAAAGUGCGGAAUAUAGGUAUGAGCCUCACUCGUUUAUUGACGUCAUUAAACGUCAAAUAAAAAAUACUGCGUGGUUACACUACAUUUUUACGCUAUUUUCAAAUACUUUAAAUUCCGUCAAAUUCCGGCUGGCGUGUGUCGAAACUGCUUUUGGAUCAAACCGUCGAAAGUAAGUAUUUAAUAAGUAUAUUUUUCUAACGGAAAAGUUUGCAAUAUUGUAAAAGUUUGUAAAGCACAUAGAAGCCAACAUAUCGAAUUUCUACGACUAUGGCUGACAUUUUUCAUUAAAUUAAAUAUCGUCUUAAUUAAUAAUACCUGUGCCGCGCUCGUGGCUUCGCCCGCGUUAUUAAGUUUUUUUUUUUUUACAACCGUCCUUUAUAUUUUCCUGGCGUAAACUGGAGCCUAAAUUUUAAGUAACAAUACGAGGUGUGUUCAAAAAGUAUCGCGAAUUUAGAAUUUUCGCGGGUUAAGUAUAUUCGAAUUUCGAUUUUUUUGUGGCGUUAUGUUGAUACAUAUGUCUCACUUAUGCUGACAAGUUCGGCCAUUUUUAAUGUUCAAUAAAUUGUCAACAGCUGCUUUGCUUGCACGUGUUUUGGUUCGUCUUCGAUUUCUAUCUAUUCAAAAAAAUGGAACAAAGAACCUGUAUCAAAUUUUGUGUGAAAAACGAAAUUAAGUGCGCGGAUGCAUUCCGAAUGUUGACUGUGGCAUACGGAGAAGCUACUUUGGACAAAAGCAACAUUUAUCGGUGGUACAAAAUGUUUUCAGAAGGCCGAGAAGAUGUGAACGACGAAGAGCUUGCCGGACGCCUGAGCACUUCAACAACAGACGAAAAAAUUGAUGAAGUGAAGAAAAUGGUAUUGGCCAAUCGUCGAAUCACCAUUAGAGAAAUUGCCGAGGACCUAGGCAUAUCGAUUGGCUCGUGCUAUUCGAUUUUAAUCAAUAACUUGGGCAUGAAACGGGUCGCCGCAAAAUUCGUACCAAAAUUGCUCAAUUUCGAUAACGCCCCUGCUCACACAUCGCUGCUUGUGCGCGACUUCUUGGCCAAAAACAACACACUAAUGAUACCGCAGCCACCCUGAGACUUUUUCUUGUUCCCGAAACUAAAGAGGCCUAUAAAAGGACGACGCUACGCCACGAUUGACGAGAUAAAGACGGCAUCGAAGGAGGAGCUGAACAAGACACAAAAAAAAUGAUUUUUUGAAGUGCUUCGAAGAUUGGAAAAAACGUUGGCACAAGUGUAUAAUAUCCCAGGGGGAUUAUAUUGAAGGGGACAAAAUAGAUAUUCACGAAUACAUAAAUAAUUUUUGAAAAUACACAAAAUUCGCGAUACUUUUUGAACACACUGCGUACAUUGGUAGAAACUGCACUCAAUUCCAUGCAGUAUUUUUGCAUGCUGCAUACAAACAUGUAGGCAGACAGACUCGUAAAUUCCUAAAACUUGUUUUGGCUUCUAUUGCUAUAAUGAAGACUCCCCCAUAUUUUAUAUGCUGUGGAUAACGGUGCUGGUUGCGCAUUUACAGAUUCGUUUUUAUUUAUUUUUUUAUAUUUUAUAAUGUGUAACCGUUUGUUAUCCUAAAUAAAUAAAAAAAGAAUAUGAAAAAGUAUCGUCGAUUGUAAGUAAACACGACUUUACGAUUAGUAACUUUUUAGAAUAAGUUAGGAGUGGAAAUGUGCAAAAUCCUUAAUUUUGUGCAAUAAGUGUUUAUAAUACUUAAGGCUUAGCCAAAUUUAUGUAAGUUAAAUGCUUAUUUAAUUUAUUGAUAUUUAUAUUAUAAAUUGUAUCUAUUCCCUUUCUAUUCACCCGACGUAAUAUAACGUAACCAAACGCACUAAAGACACGUCUUACAAUUAUUUAAAUAAGUUGUUUGUGGAUGUAUUUGUAAUCAUAAUAUUAUGUCUUUUAGAAAGGGUUCAUAUUUAGUUAAUCAAUUAUAAAAGAUUUUACUGCCACGGAAUUAUAAACGAACUUAAAAUAAAUUUCACAAAUCAAGGCUAAAAUCACUAGAUAAAAUGUAACCAUAAUUUAUGGCUGAUUUGGUUAUGAAAUGCAAACUAGUUGGCCAGGUGGAGGAGCUACUCAGAACUUGUGUCUGCUAAUCCUAUGCAAAUAGGAUCUACGGGGCCGUUGUAGCUAGUAAAAUGCCUCCAUACUAGACUGAUAAAUACGAUAACCUAAUAUGGCAAAAGAGUCUAGAUACGGCUCCAGAAUUACAUAAUAUGAAUAUUGUGUAUUUGGAGUGAAUAAUAAAAUAUUCAUAUAUCUAUGUCGCUGUUGCGUAAUCUAUGGAUAGAUAUUAAUUACUAAUUCAGAACGUCUAUUCACGUUACGUCACGGCCUUGUGUUGACUUUGCCGACAUCUUGACGUAAUAAAACGUCCGUCAACAAACUGAUGUUGAGGGGCUCCUUUAUCCGCACUUAGCCCGUAGUAGAUCGGGCCGUUGUGCGUAAAUAUACAUAUUUAAUAAUGGACUGAAUUUUUCUGCGGAUAUUUUAACUUUCGUCCAGCUUUGUCAAUGUACCUAGAUUGUAUCUUAGUUUUGCACGUUAUAUAAAUAUAUUUAAUUACAAUGAACUGAUACAGUGCUAUCGAUAUAUAUGAUACUUUCCAUAAUAUUUUUCGGAUAAUAUAUCCGAAUUUUAUGUAAAACUAGGUUUAACAGUUCUGGUAACUAACAAUUGGGAUCCCGUAAUAGCAAAUCUAUGUGAUGACGUCAUGAAACAGGAACGUGGUUUCUGUUAGUUAGUGAAGCUAGUCAAUGACUUACCUUACGAAUAUAUUACGUACAAAGCAUACUCAAAUUCACAAUGUUAUAUAUUUGUACUUAUGGCGUAUGUUAGUCUAAAGGACGGUAUUACGAAAAAGUCGCUAAUUAUAUUCUAGCCAAAUUGUAAGAAUCAAUAGUUCUUACAGAAGUAAUGGUUGAAAUCAACGUGGUGGAUAUUUUAUAAAAUAUUUGUCGAUUAUUUCGCAGAUAUUCUUUAGUGUAAAAAUACCCGCAUAUUUACAUGUUGUUGAUAUUUGUAGCGGUGAUGAAACACAAUACAUUUAUUUAUUUGUUUAUUACACACAAAACAGGUUAUAAUCAUGAAUGCAUCAUAUUAUGACAUGAAAAAUAAUUCCUGGACUAUAAUUAUAACCCAAAACAUGUGUUCUAGAGAGUAAAAGUUACAUAUAGCAAGUAUAUAUAAAAACAUUUAUUACUCUGUUGUCCGAAUGGUGUUGGAAUCAUGAGUAAGUUAGCAUAAUGUGAGCACAACCGGAAAAUAUCUUAAACAAUUAGGCAGUUGACUAUGCCAUUUCAAAAUUAUUAAGUAUUUUCUAUACGAAAAUAUUUAUUUCAUGAAUUUAUUAAAUUAGUUUAGUUAUUUGAAGAUAAAGAAAGUUCCUGCGGAAACGAAGGCGUGUUUUAUCUUUAAAACAAUUUUAAUUAUUAAUCCUUUAUAUAAGUAUAGUCAACUACCUAAUUUUUCAUUAUUCAUGCAGAAGUGUAAACUACGUUAAAGGACCCCAAUCUUGAGUAAAAAGGAUUAUGUUAAGGAUAAUAAAGUGUCAAAAAUAUAUCGUUCAAUAUAAUUUUAAAGAUCCUGUUAUACCCAAUUCCCCUCAUUAAAAAAAAAUUGUAGCAUUCAAAAACAACGCUCAAGAUCCGUACCUUUAUAACAGUGGUGGCUUCGGCCACAUUGAACAUGUAAAAUAUAAACAUUCCUUGUAAGGUGUACCUAUGUA